CCUGGCCAGCUUCUCGGAGAGGCAGUCGCAUACUCUCUCCCCUCCCCCGCCCUCUUGCUGCCGGCCCCCGUGUUCCGCUCCCACCGUUUGCCCUCCUCGCCCGUCUGGGGUCUUGUGCGCUCUCCUUUCCUCCUCGCCCGAGCAUGAGUGGAUUCCGCCGCGGGGUGAGCCCCCUCGCCCGGGCCCCGCCCCCAUCUGAUCAGCCGCAGCAGCAACCAUCGCCACUGCGGGCCCCGGCUGCCCCGCAGAGCGCCCCGGCCGGCGACGCGCCGCGCGGUAGCCGCGUUCUCCGGCGCAUCGCCACCUUCACCGUUCCGAGCGGCAUUUCCGGCUUGCCAGAUCUCCUGAGCGAUGGUCUUGAGGGGGGCCUGCCGCUCGGGGCCAUCCUCCUGUUUGAGGCUGGCGGCGAGUCCGGGGCCCUUCCCCCCUCGGAGCCGGGCCACACGCAUGCCGGGCCGGAAGUCCAGUCCGGCCCGGAGGCGGCGGCCGGGCUGCUGGCGCGCGGCCUGCUGGCACGUGGCAUCCCCGAUCGACAUGCGCUGGCCUUCGCCGGGGCCGGGGCACGCGCCACCCUUGCCUCACUGCCCACCACAUACGACCCGACUCCCGAUGCCGCGGCGGCCGGGGCAGCCAGCGCGGCGGCGGCCGCCGACGACGCCAGCCUCAAGAUUGCCUGGCGCUAUCGCGGCCAGCGGGGAGACCCCCAGGUGUCGGACGCCCAGGCCCUCCCGGGAGCCGGGGUCCUGGAGGUGAACUUCCAAAGCCGCAUUGAGCGGGCCGAUCUGCGCGCAUGUGCCAAUGUCUUUGCCUUUGAGGGUGGCGCCGCUGGUGGGGCAGCGCGAUCCUUCCACCUGGCUCCCGAUGCCGAGGGUGACGACUCGUCGCUCUUUGUCCCGAGCAGCCCCCCUCCCAAGCCGGCCGGCCCCUCGCCGCCCGGGGGCGACCUGGGCGAUCUGCUGGCCUGGUGCGCGACCAUCCUGCGGCAAUUCGAAUUCCAAACACAAAUGAAGGAGCACGGUGCCAUCGACCGGUUGCAGGUCCUCCGCAUGUGGAUCGAUCUGGCCCCCUUCUGCGGGGGAGCCUCUCGGGCGGCCGACGCCACCGAGGUGGCGGCCUUCCUGUGGCGCUUGCGUGCUCUGGCCCGGCGAGCGCUCGUCCUGCUAACCGUCACCCUGCCCGCAUGGCUGGGCGAGGGGGCCCACGCAGCCGGCGACGCGGACUUCGAUGAUGACGAUGCAGCGGAGGCGGCGCUGGUCGCGGCUCGACGCGCUUGCGGUCGUGGCAUUCGCCUGGUCACUCUGCCCGCCGGGUCGCCCCUGCACCCGGCCCCGGGGCAUGGCUCCCGCGCCUGGCUCCUGACAACCACGCUGAGCACCACGGCCGGGACCCUGGAACGAACCCCCGGCGCCGGGGUCGGCCUUUGGACCAUGCGUCUCUCCCGGCGCCGGGCUCUGGUUGAGCGGGCCCGCGAGGCUCCGGCUCUGCCUGGCGGCGCUGGGGCUCCGGAAAUCAUCGGCCGAACGGCCGGCCCCGGCCCCGGCGCCGGCGCCGGCUGCUCGACCAGCCAAUCCGGCCCCGGCAGCGGCCAAUCCGAUCUGUCCUGGUGACCUGACCUGUCCGGCGAAUAGCAUGAAGAUCCACACA